AUGCCACCUCAAACCAGAGGCGGAUCACCCGAACCAGGUCAGAGACCAUUCUCCCAAUCCGAAUCCCUUCCACCAACUCUGCGUCCAUAUCUCGAAAACCUCCCGUGUCCGAACCCGUUGAUCCCGGAUCAACGCACCCCCACUGGUCCACGUAUGGUCACACCAGACCGAGAUAUCGCUACGCCGACUCCGUCUCCGAAAAUCGUGAGGUCCAACAUUGCCGCGACGUUCGAACUGGGCAUAGAAGGCGAAGAAAUACCUGGAGAAGAUGGGCGAGGAGAGAAUGUUCAAGAAGAAUCCGACGGGGAGGUCGCGGGCGUGACUCUCGACGACGACGAUUUCGAAUCCCAUUAUUCACGUCAGGAAUCUUCAGCGUCGGAGGAGGAGGGCUCCGAGGAAGAUGGAGACGUCGACGAACAACACCAAAAUGGCACCGCUGCUGAGGGAGGAAGUUAUUUCCCAUCAUCCGCCGACCGACCAGACUCGCUCUCUCGCGUACGGUCAUUGCCUGCCCGUCCGCCGCCAUCUGACGCAAAUGGACAAGCACAAGGGCCUUCUCAUCCUCACCCGCCCUUCAGCGGUCUUCACACUUCACAAUCCACGACUUCGCUGCCCCCUCCACCUCCUCCACCACUCUAUCCUCCUUUCUACAAUCGACCACCGACUCCUCUCCCCCCUUCACCGAGCCUAACAUCCCUUCUUCGCCCCCCCUCGUUGCUCAACCGGUCUGCCACCUCUACCCGCCCAACCACUCCGGAUAGCUCAGACGUCGAAACUCCAAAUGACACCGAGGCUGCUGUGGCUCACUCCGCUCGACGAGCUCACCCUCUGCCCCCGACUUCUCCUAAAGUACCGACGUACGAAUACUAUGGUUUCGUCCUGUACUUGGCCUCCUCCCUUGCCUUCUUGAUAUACAUCCUGUGGUCAUAUCUGCCAUCCCCCUUCCUCCACGCACUGGGAAUAACAUAUUACCCCAACCGAUGGUGGUCUCUCGCUAUCCCGGCCUGGAUCGUGGUAUUGUUGAUUUUCAUCUAUGUAGCACUCCUCAGCUACAAUGUCGAAUACCUGACCCUACCAUUGUCGAGCCUAGAAUGCAUGGUAGACGAAGCGGGGAAUGUGGCUGUCCUUGACGAAUCGGGCCGAGUCAUGAAGGGAGGAAGCAAACGACUCGUCAAAGAGCUCGAGGAACGGGCCAAAAUGGAGAAGCACAGGGAGAUGGAAACGGCGAAGAUCAAAGGUGGAAAAGGGAGGAAAUACUCCAAGGGGACGCAUCGAAGCAAAGACAAAAGAAAACAGAGAUCCUCCCGCACCAACUCGGAGCAUGUUGAAUCACCUCCACCAGAAAUCCCAACUCGAGAUUAUCAGUAUUCAUCGUCUUCCAAUCCCAAUGCACACUCUUCACCAUUCAGCCAUACCACAUAUCCUUACUCUUUCCCUUCGACAUAUCCCUUUCUCACGAGCAACACUCAUCCGAGUCAAAUUCAGCAUGAAGUCCAAUCUCAGGGAUCACAUCCUGCUGAUCCGAAUUGGAAGCUCAUUUGGAACGAGGGCACCGAUGCCGUCAUGGAUGUGCCCAUAGGAGGUGUAUGUGAAGUUUUGUACGGCUAA